AUGGGUUUUCAGUUGCAUUUUGAUAUGGCUAUGGAACCUGAGAAUGAUUGUGCUUGGAAGCCAAAACAUGGAAUGACAUUUGAUUCUGAACAAAGUGUGUAUGAUUUUUAUAAUACAUAUGGAGGAAGAAUCAGGUUUAGCAUAAGAAGGGAUUUUUGUAGGAAGAACAAAUUCACUAACCAACUUAUUUGUAGACUUUUGGUUUGCAACAAGGAGGGAUUUCGGAAGGUUGACAAACGAGACCCAUUGACAAAAAACUCUAGAGCUGAAACUAGGACUGGUUGUGAGGCUCGACUUUAUGUUAAAUUAGAUGAGGGUACUGGGAAAUUUGUUGUGACUGAUUUCAAAGAAAAACAUAACCAUGAUCUUGUAUCACCCGAGUGUGCCCACAUGUUGCCGUCACAAAGAAAGAUAUCGACUACCCAAGGAAUUGAGUUAGAUUUGGCGGCACAAUCUGGUCUUCGUUUAGGCCAGUCUUUUGAACUCAUGGGUAAGGAAGCUGGUGGGAGGCAAUGUCUUGGGUUUACAAAAUUAGAUCAAAAAAAUUAUUUGAGAACCAAAAGACAACAAAGUUUAGCAUAUGGGGAAGUAGGCAAUAUGUUGCAAUACUUUAAAGAAAAAUCUUUGCAGAAUCCUUCCUUCUUUUAUGCUUUUCAAUUAGAUAAUGAGGAGCAAAUAACCAAUAUGUUUUGGGCCGAUGCACAAAUGAUCAUGGAUUAUGCCCAAUUUGGUGAUGUUGUCACAUUUGAUACGACUUACAAGUUAAACAAAGAACAUAGACCCUUUGCAUCUUUUGUGGGAUUCAACCAUCAUAGGGAAAUAGUUACAUUUGGUGCAACAUUGUUGUAUGAUGAGACUGCCGAAUCGUUUGUAUGGUUGUUUGAAAAUUUUCUAGAAGCUAUGUCAAGAAAGGCAUCAAAAACUUUGUUCAGCAAUCAAGAUGCUGCAAUGGCUAAAGCCAUACCUAUCAUUAUGCCUGACACAAGUCACCGAUUGUGUACUUGGCAUUUGAUGCAAAAUGCAUUAAAACAUGUUAAUUGUUUGUUCUAA